AUGCAUGAAACCCGCGCGAAACAACACCUGGGCCGAGCCGGAAAGCGGGUCAAAACAGGCUGCAAGACGUGCAAGAUUCGCCGCGUCAAGUGCGAUGAAAAUCGCCCCGCAUGUCGCCGCUGCGUCUCAACCGGACGCGUCUGCGAUGGCUACGGCAUCUGGGGCGGCGGGACUCCCCACGCCAACCGGGCGCUUUCCAUCUAUUGCACGCCAGUUCCGGUCGUAACCCGUGAAGAGCAGGGCUCUUUCGACUGGUUCAUGGAGAAGGCCCGGCGGAAAUUUACCAGCUUGUACAGCUCUGACUUUUGGGAGACGCUGGUGUUCCAAGCCAGCGCACAGGAACCUUGCGUCCGGCACGCGGUCAUUGCGCUGUCUGCAGCCCAUCGCUUCGAACGGGGGGACAGCCCUUGGACGGUUCCCGCGACAUACGGCUAUGACGCGGCAAGGUUCACGCUCCAGCAGUACAACAAGGCCAUUAGUUACCUGCGGGUGGGCACGGCCACCAACAAACAUGCUCUGCGGGUGGCGCUGAUCACCUGUAUGCUAUUCGUGACGCUGGAGUACCUCCGUGGCCAGUAUAGCAUGGGCAGCGCCCAUCUUCGGCAUGGCAUCCAGCUUCUCACGAAUAUAUCGGUGCCACAGCCUCGGUCAUCGAUGUCGCCGAACAUCCUGAGUCCUGCGGAGGACUUUGCACAUAAUGCCUUAAUCGACUCUUACGCACGGCUCGCCAUCCAAUCUGCCAUGUUCGGCCAUGUCCCGUCUCGUAUGUGCUUGGUGAUGCGCGCCCCGGCAGGCAAUGCCUUCCCACCCGAAUUCCAUUCCAUGCAGCACGCCCGGCAGACACUCGACAAUCUCAUGAACAGAGCACACUGUCUCAAGCGACACCUACACGACCUCAAACCAGAAGGCAGACUAACAGACGAGUCCGAAUUCUUCGACACACGACACAAAAUCCUCACCGAACUGUCCUGCUGGCACCAAGCAUUCAGAGCCACCCUUGCCCACAUAAAGACGGAAACAACUUCGCCCAGAGACAUACACGGCUGCAUUCUGCUAGGGACCUACUACGAAAUGGUCGUCAUCAUCGCAUCCGUCUGCCUCCCAUCAGCGAAGGAAACCAUCUUCGACUCGCACACGGAGAACUUCAUCGCCAUGAUCGGCGGAUUCGAAGACCUAUGCACGUCUUCGUCCCGCACACACAUCUACGCCAAGGAGCUGGAGCCGUUGCUGCGGGGCGCCGAAUUCGGUGGGCAAGGGUUCACUGUGGAAGCCGGGUUUAUUCCGCCGGUAUACUGCACCGGGCUGAAAUGCCGCGUCCCGCGGGUUCGGCGGCAGGCGAUUCGGAUUCUGCGGUCGGUGCCGCACCGCGAGGGGGUGUGGAAUGGGCCGCUGCUGGCGGAUGUGUUGGAGCAGGUCAUCAGGAUUGAGGAGGGGGGUCUGUACGCGGGAGAUUCUAGUAUUGAGGAGCCGAUCGUUGCGGGCGUUCUGACGGAGAAGGACCUAUCGCGGCCCCGGGUGGACGGAUUCUCUCGCAUCAUGGAUGUCUCUGUCCACCUACCGGAUGAGGUCAAUGGGGACACGAUUGUCAGCUACAAAAAGCAGAUUGGCGAGGGCCACUGGGCCAGCUUCACGGAAAGGGUUUGCCCGAGCGUCUUGCGUGGUCCGCUUGAUCUUCGCGCGACGUAG